AAGAAGAAGAACCCAACAAAGCAACAUCUAUCAUCUCUUUCAAUCUGUGUCUCCGGCGUAGCCAUGGCCGUCUCCGGCAGUUUCUCCAUCUUCUUCCUUCUCGCACUCGUGUCCUCUCUCCAGAUUAUUCAAGCCAGAGAGACCAAGUAUUUCUUCAACAAAAUCCCGGGCAACAACAACAACAACUACGGCGUGAAUUCCGAGCAGACCACCGUGAUUCCUCAGCAGCAAGAGCAAAACUUCAUCCCGGAGAACGAAAACGGCGGCCUAGACCAACCCUACACCACCACCACCAACAACAACGACGACCUGCCGUACAAAACCGAGGAGGUACCCAACAAGAGAUACCUCCCGAGGAACUACAACCCCGUCUCCUACGUCACCGUCCCGGAGGACAACAACGCGGAUUCCAAAUUCGCCGGCGAGGAAUUCGCCGCCGCCGCCGACAACAAUAACCGCUACAACAGCCGCGGCAACUACUACAACAGCCGCAGCAACAACUACUACGGCGGCGGCGGCCAAGAAGAAAGAUUUCCCGCCAACAACAACCGCUACAAUGCGGCGGCGGGGAACAAAGUUGAGAAGAUGGGCAUGAGCGACACCAGAUUCUUGGAGAACGGGAGGUAUUACUACGAUACCAACACUGAAAAGUACGCGAGACAUCCAUUGGAGAACGCAGGGAUUAACCUUGAAGAUUUCAAGAGCCAGUUCGAGAACAGCAACAACAAUUUCAUGGAGAACAACAACUACCAGAACGAUGAGCAGUUCCAGGAUGAAGACGACUUGCCUUGAGACAGAGAUUCUCAUCUGAUCUUCAUUAUAUUGCGUAAUUUACACAGCUGAUGAUUAAAUUAAAGUAAUUUUGAGCAAAUGUGUGAUGAUGAUAUAUGAUAUCAUCGAGUGCAUGCAUGUCUUAUUUAUUAUUCCAAUAUCAUUUCUGUUUGAUAUAUUUCCAUGAUAAAAUGUUAAUUAAACUACAGAUUUAUCCUUGA